UGCUUCUCCCCUCCCCAAGAUGGCGGCGGCCACCAGCGGCGAGGCGGUUUGCGGCGACGGCCCCGCAGGCGUCAGGCGGGCCCACCUGGGCAUCCCCGAGGCGGUCUUCGUCGAAGAUGUAGAUUCUUUCAUGAAACAGCCCGGAAACGAGACAGCAGACAUAGUGCUGAAGAAACUGGAUGAACAGUAUCAGAAAUAUAAAUUUAUGGAGCUUAACCUUGCCCAGAAGAAAAGAAGGUUAAAAAAUCAAAUUCCUGAAAUUAAGCAGACGUUAGAAAUCUUAAAGCACAUGCAGAAGAAAAAGGAGUCCACAAACCCAAUGGAAACCCGAUUCUUAUUGGCAGAUAACCUCUACUGUAAAGCAUCAGUUCCUCCGACAGAUAAAGUUUGCCUGUGGUUGGGGGCCAAUGUAAUGCUGGAGUAUGAUAUUGAUGAAGCCCAGGCACUGCUAGAAAAGAAUCUCUCCACAGCCACAAGGAACCUGGAGUCUCUAGAAGAAGAUCUGGAUUUUCUUAGAGAUCAAUUCACUACUACAGAAGUCAAUAUGGCUAGAGUUUAUAAUUGGGAUGUAAAGAGAAGAAACAAGGACGACCCAUCCAAAAACAAAGCAUAGUUUGCCAACUUUAAACGUGGUUCUGAUUUUCAAGAUAUUUUCUUAUUUUAAACAGACCUUUAAGUUCAGCCUUUGAUGGACUGAGUUUAGUUUAAUUGCAUCCGUUGGUAACAUAAAAAUCUUAAAAUAAUGGUGAGCGCCCUUUUAUUUAUUGGCAACCCCAAUUUGGUUCCAUGCAUGCUUCAUGACAUUACAGUUGGCUUGGAAAGCCAGCCACGAAGGGCUUGGCAUUCAGCCAGAGCAGUCUGUCACAGGGCAGCCUAAAAGUGAAGUGCGUUUGUGACAUUUGAGUCCAGGACAUUUUAGCAGGGCACAUCUUUCCCUUGCAAAGAGAUUGUGUUAGAUCAUUAUUAUAUACACUUGAUGAAGGAAGCCAUCAAGAUUUGGCAUGUCAGGGGGAACACGCAGCCUAUGAGAGAGAGCCGAUAUUUUGGGGAGGGGGAAAUACAGUACAGCCCCAUGUUCAUUGCAAUAGUUUUUUUUAAAAAAAAAUUCACAUGUCGUCCACUAUUCUGUUAUAAGCAAUUACUGGCUCAGCUUAAAUCUACGUUCUCCAUAGAGAGUCAUGAUCCACCUACAAUGAAAGGGUAUAAUGGCUUGAAUAGCACAGCUUGGGUGCAGCCUGAUUCCAUUUUGCUUUCAUGCAAGUGCCCUGUUCGCUCUUCCAAGUGUAUAGAAUUGGGUGAUGUACAGACGCUGCUGGCCUGUUGCACUCGAGUCACCUCAUCCUGCAGUCCCUUCUGUCAAGUUCGGAUGUCUUAAUGCUUGUAAAGACACACUUGGUGAAACCUGCAUUCAGUGCGAAUCCCUCUUUUGAGCUCAGCUUCAACUGCUGACGGGUGGGAUGUUAUUCCCGUGUUGCUUAUUACGAAGGCUCACAAGAAGCGUUGCCUUAAUAUCUUGGCUCUUUCUUUCAAGCUAGCGCGAUCCGAUGGUCAGAUGAAUGGCGCUGCUGCUGAGUAGAUGGCAAUGCAGGUUUCACUUCAGAAUAAAAGCAAAUGUUAACUGUGUUCUAGUUUCAUGUAAUAAAAAUACUUGUAAAAUUUUUGUACUUUUAUUUCAUUAUAUUAAAACACGGCAGAAACCU